AUGAAGUUAGAGCUUACCAGACUAAGAGCAAAAUAUGGUAAUGAAACAACAAAUACUACAACGCAAACGACGAAAGCUGACAGAAAGAUUGAUGACACUCCUACUCCAACUCCAACUCCAUCUCCAAAGAAAGAAACUCCAACACCAACUCCUGCAUUGGCGAACAUCACAACAAUUGCUCCAAGAGUUCCAACAGGAGAAGGUAUAUCAGGAAAUGUUUCAACUACUCAUAACAUUACUGGAGCAGCUAAUGUUUCAGCAGUUGAGCAACCUGUUGUUAAUGUAACUCAGGAAAACGCUACUGAAACAUCAACACCAAGACAGGAUGUAAAGAAUGAACGUCCAGAAGUUAAGGAGGUUGCAAAAGCAUACCUGGAGAAAAAUACUACACAAGUUCUUGAAGCAGAAAAGCAUCUCAAUUCAGACAAAACUCCAACACCAACUCCUGAAGCAACUCCAACACCAUCUCCAACUCCUGAAGCAUCAGUUCCUCCAGCAAUUGGUGGAAAUAUACCUUCAGUACCAUGGCAGAAAUUUUAUGGAUUGUUUAAAGGAGCGAAUAAGGUAAUGGAUGCUGCUGAGAAUCUCCAAAAGUUCAAGAAUGAA